AUGAAAAUUCUUAACCAUUCUUCUCCUAAUCUAACCAAAACGACUGAUACGCACAUAAUUACAGAUCAAAGCGACUUCAUAAGUCAAGAAACUAUGCUCUAUGACAAAAUUAUGAAGGACUACAAACCAAAAUUACCUAUUAUCUCAACAGUUGCUAAUAACUCACGGGCCGGACCUGAUAUACCACGCUUCGAAGUUUCAGUCAUUCUGAGUUAUCUAAAGCUGAUAAGUGUGGUCGAACCUGAGCAAAAGGUUGACUUCAUAAUGGAGUACAAAAUGAGAUGGAAUGAUGAGAGACUCAAAUGGACAUCAUCAGAUUACUGCGGAAUCAAUGAGCUUUAUUUGGCCCGAGAAGAUGUAUGGGUACCAGAGGUUACGAUAGUUGACGCCAUCGCUACAACUGACUUUCGUGAGGAUUUCAAGAAAUUCGCUAGGCUGAACAGCUCCGGCUCGUUGGAAUAUUUCGUUCCCACAGUGACGUCCACCGCGUGCCAAAUUAAGAUACGCGACUUCCCCUUCGAUACUCAGAAAUGUGAAAUCAAAGUGAUGGCACAAACAUUCUCAGCUCGACAAUAUGGAAUAAAAGCGGAAACCCUAGCGACCGCUUAUGCGAAAAUGGGCAACGGUGAAUGGCAGGUUCAAAAUGUGUCUGUACGGUCGGAGAUGGUAGAUAAUGGAGACGGUUAUCUCAUAGAAAUAAACUACUUUGAUGUUUUAAUGAAACGAAAUGCGUCGUUUUAUGUGACUGUGGUCAUCACGCCAUCUUUUGUAAUCAAUGUUCUGUGUAUUUUCGGCUUAUUUCUUGAAGCCGACCGGAUGACAAAGCUUGGAGUGGCUUUGACUAAUAUCCUAUCUUUGACGUUUAUCCUUGGUAUACUUGCUACAGUGGUCCCGAAAACCGAUGAGAUACCCAAAAUUGGCGUUUUUGUGGUUGUUAACCUAGCCCUUAUGGUCGGAUCAUUGGGUAUCGUUGUUCUCAUAUCCUAUAUUCGACUUUGUGAAAGUGAAAAUGAUCAGAAAAAGGAGUAA